AUGAUCUUCCUCUCUACCCUCUUAGCCCUGGGCCUUCUAGCCACAGUUGGCACCGCCUCAUCCUCGGGCUGCGGCACACAGCCGACCCUCACAAAUGGAGUCCACAACAUCAAUGACCGCGAGUACAUCCUCAAGCUCCCUGACAGCUACGAUCAAAACAAACCACAUCACCUCAUUUUCGGCCUUCAUUGGCGAGGCGGAAACAUGAACUCUGUCGCCAACGGCGAGGGUGUUCAACCUUGGUAUGGUCUCGAAAGCCGAGCACAAGGCAGCGCAAUUCUGGUAGCUCCUAAUGGCAGGAACGCUGGCUGGGCCAACACCAAUGGCGAAGACGUAGCCUUCAUAGACGCCAUCAUCAAGCAAGUUGAGGAUGACCUCUGUGUGGACACGAGUUCUCGCUUCGCGACGGGAUUCAGUUGGGGUGGGGGCAUGAGCUACGCGCUUGCUUGUUCGCGGGCAAAGGUGUUCAAGGCAGUGAGCGUGUUGAGCGGUGGACUGAUCAGCGGGUGUGAUGGGGGCAAUGAUCCUAUCGCUUAUUUGGGUAUUCAUGGGAUUAACGACCCCGUGCUACCCUUUGACGGUGGGGUAAAUUUGGCGAAUAAGUUUGUUGGGAAUAACGGGUGCCAGCCAGAAAAUGUUGGUAAAACUGGGGCCGGGAGUAAUGGUUUCGUUCGAACGGACUUUCAAAGAUGCUCCAGGCCAGUGUCGUUUAUUGCCUUUGACGGGGGACACGACGCUGCACCCCUUGGCAUUUGGAAUUCUCUGGCCCCGGAUGCGACUUGGGAGUUUUUCAUGGCCGCUUAA